AUGAAUUUCGCACGUGUGAUAAAAGCGGAAGUAAACUGGGAUACUAAUCGACGGUCUCCGGACUUUGACGGUCUCCGGUCUUCACCAUCGAAUGGAGGAGACAGUCGAUUACAAAUCGUCGGUCUCUUGCAGAUCCAACAGAAAACAUCGGCUCUUUACACAACAGCAAAAUCAACAGGCCUGGAGAUCAACACCUCUAAAACCAAGUCCUUAAGAAUAAAUACCCAGAACAAUUCGGACAUCACACUAGACAAUCAAUCCAUCGAAGACGUCAAUCAGUUUACAUAUCUGGGAAGUAUCGUUUCUAAGAAUGGAGGAGCUGACAGUGAUAUCAAAUCAAGACUUGGGAAAGCCAGGCAUGCCUGUGUGACCCUCAGACCGUUAUGGAAAAACAAGAACAUCAGACAAAAGACCAAACUGAGAAUCUUUGAGACCAAUGUCAAAUCAGUUCUUUUGUAUGGAUCAGAAACCUGGAAGCAAACCAAGAAAAACGAACACGACUUGCAGGUAUUCAUCAACAAAUGCCUCCGACAGAUCCUACAAAUCAGAUGGCCAAACAAGAUCAGCAAUUCAGAUCUGUGGAAUAGAACAGGCCAGUCAUCUAUUUCAAGCACCAUCAAGAAACGUAAAUGGCAUUGGAUAGGACACAUUCUGAGGCGACCCCAACACAACAUCACAAGGCAAGCUUUGGAUUGGAAUCCUCAAGGUAAAAGAAGAAAAGGCAGACCAACAACCACCUGGAGACGAACAGUAGAAGCUGAGUUGAAAAGCUGCAAUAUCACCUGGGCAGAAGCAAAAAGAGCAGCAAUGAACCGACCCAGAUGGAGAGCUGUUGUGGAUGCCCUUUGCCCCACUAGGGGAUAA